UCAUAACGGGUUUCACGCCCUUAAAUGAAAGGCCAAUGUCUCUUCCUGUAGGUCGAUGUGUCGUCGCUUCACAGAAACAAAAAAGUUUCUUAAACUUUUUGACCACUUUGGAGGUGCACAUGUCAAGUUAACAUCAUUCAGCUUGUCUUAGUGGAAACAUUUACACACCAGCUACUUAUCCUGUGGGACUUCAUACAUUGGAAAGUCAAUUCCCAUUGACUUGUCUUGAACUCAAACCUCAACUGAGAAACAUUCCAACCUAGAAAGAAAAUCACCAAAUAAAAAACUGUUGAAAAAUGGCAGCAAGAGGCGGUGGAGCACAGAGACCAAAUGGUGUCCAAGGGAAGAUUUGUCAGUUCAAGCUAGUGUUAUUGGGCGAGUCGGCAGUGGGCAAAUCCAGCUUAGUCCUACGAUUCGUCAAGGGUCAGUUUCAUGAAUACCAAGAGAGUACCAUAGGAGCCGCGUUUCUGACACAGACUGUCUGCUUAGAUGAUACAACAGUUAAAUUUGAAAUAUGGGACACAGCGGGUCAGGAGAGAUACCACAGCCUGGCACCAAUGUACUACAGAGGAGCGCAAGCAGCCAUUGUUGUCUAUGACAUUACAAACCAAGACACAUUUGCACGAGCAAAGACAUGGGUAAAAGAGCUACAGCGACAAGCAAGUCCCAACAUAGUCAUAGCAUUAGCUGGUAACAAAGCAGACUUGGCUAACAAGAGGAUGGUAGAGUACGAGGAAGCACAUGCAUAUGCAGAAGAGAACAGUUUGUUGUUCAUGGAAACGUCAGCUAAAACAGCGAUGAACGUAAACGACAUAUUCUUGGCAAUAGCCAAAAAGCUUCCGAAGAGCGAACAAGGUGCCGGAGCUGGCUCAUCCCAACGGCAAGCAGGCAGAGGAGGAGUUGAUCUUACAGAAAACCAACAACCAUCAUCGGGGGGUUGUUGCAAAUGAAAACUUCAAUCUAUAAAAAUUGCUCUGUAUAAAAGUUUAAAAACACACACACCACAAAUCAGCGGGAUAACGGGAAUGGUGAGGGCAGAGUCAGGGAAGGGGGACGUGAUGUUUAUUUUGUUAUUCGUAAUCAUGCCAGAUUAACAAUUGAUACCCAUUUGAUGCUAUGCGUGAAUAUAUAAUACAGAGUCAUGGUAACAUACUGUCUGAGUGUUGCGUUGUGGUAACCGUAACGGGUAGACUUGGUGAUCAUAUUGGUGGGGUUCUAUUGUUGAUAUCACGCCUUGUGUCGGGUUCUCGAGCAGCGCGCUUGAGGGGUUCGUUCCCUAAUUCUUUUCUCUCCCGCCCAAUCCUUCAAGGGCUUACCAUGUCUUAGCAAAUCUGAUUUUACUUCAUGUGUAGACACAAAUUUUAUUUGAAUCCAAAUCAAAUUGAUUACAGGUAUCAGAACACUUGCUACAUAAAAUGACUAAAUCAAGCCAAAAACCUACAGUUUUUAAAGUAAAUAAAAACAAAAAGUAAACAGAAUUAACUGUUGCAAACUGCUUUCCAACAAAAUAGUUUAUGGUGUGACGUAUCAAUUGAAGACUACCCAGAAAAGAAGCUCAUGAAAAACAUACGCAUCUUUCAUAAAGGGAUAAUUUACAUCAUAUCACAACGUACAAAUAUUACAUUCUUCUUGUUCCAUUAGUUUUUAAUCAUAGAUAAACUGGACAAUUUCUUCAGGGUUCAUGAACCUGUGUUGUACCAACAAUUAAUUUUUAAGAAAUUUUAUUUUUAAAAAAAAAAUGUUCAUUUAGCUUUGCUAGCUCUAGGAGUUGGUCAUGAUUACUGACUACAGACAUUAUAAACCCGCGUAAAGCAGGAUGGGGAACAGGCUUUUGUCAUGGUUGCCUAAAAGAUGUGUGCACAGCAUGUCAACGUCAUUUCCAGUGAUGUACAAACACAAUCUUUCCCAGAUAGCCUUGCUCGGCCAUAACCCCUGGAAGUGUAGAUUCUAAGUAUCCAAAUAUAUUGGUUAUUGUAAUUAGCCGUGUGGUUGAUCCACUGUGUUAAGAGACGUAGGUACAGCACGCUGCGAUGCGUCUAACUGUAUUGCAGUUUAGGUUCAAAAGACGCAUCAUGCAUUAUGUCUUAAAGCAACUGGCCUCCUCUCUUUUUGGAUCUUGUGAUACGUCUAGCUCUAUGCAGUUUAGGAGGACCAUAAAAACAUGCUUCAGUUGAAAUGUCUUGUGUCGAAAUACAUGCAUUUUGACACACGAGUACAAACACCGUACAAGCACUCAGAAACCAAAUCACAAGCGCUGAGCAGUCACGUUUGAUAAGCCAAUCAUUGUUGAUUUUAAGCGCCUUUCUUCCAUGGGUUAGUGACAAGAGGUAUCAUUAUGACGCGCUGCCCAUGGUGGCAAGGCUGACUGCAUACAAGUUUGCCAUCUACAUGUCUUGUGAAACAAAGUGAACUUCGUGUGUCAAAGUACUUGAUUUUUUCUUCUUUCUUUUGUGAAAACACCACAUGACUUUGUAUUUGAGAUUUUUUUUAAAGCCAAUACUCUUCAGAUUACACAUUUGUAUUAUUUUCUCCCGUCAAAUUGAAAGAGAUGAUUUGUCCGACUCUAGCCCUGACAAAUGUCAAACUCAUCAUUCUUGUUAUACAAAAAAUGAGAACUCAAAAAAAAAGAUUCUCAAACUGUACAAAACAUUUGAAAAAAAAAAAAAAAGGAUGGAUGGAUACUUUGUAUGUUGUUGGUAAACUGCGUUUAAUAUAUUUGUGUAUCUACUGUUAGUAAUUAAUCGCCAUGUAAAUUUACUUUAAUCAUGAGAAAUCUUUGUUUAAAAAAACUAAAAGCUGGCUCUUGUAAAGGCAAAGAAAUGUUGCAGUCAGCACAUUGUAAAUGGCGGUGAUAAGAAUCGUAUAUAGUAUUCAAUUUGAUAAAGAUGAACGUUUGAGCAGUUGAUGCUCCAUGUGAACGCGCCAACGCUAAAAAUGAUUCAAGAAAGUUUAAUAUAGGGUUUUUAUAUGUAUCCCUAGAAAUAUCGGCGGUUUUACCGAAAAAUGAAGCAGAGAUGGUUGAUGGAAAACUGAAAAUCGUUUGUUAUAGUACACAGUUUCUUGUAUGAUAUUAUUUCACAAAUCUGUUGACCUAAAAAUACCCUCAAAUCCCUAGUGGAUUCUUCCAAUAUGUCGCCAUUAUUAAAAAAUAUAUCUGUGAUUUGGUUAUCGGCAGAUUUUUGGGUUUUAUGGUGCGUUUUUUUUUUUUUUCUUCUUUUUUUUUCUUUUUUUUUUUUCUUUUUUUUUCACUACAAGAAUCUUGGUUGCGCUAUUUUGCUGGUCAAUGUCCCGGUGUGUUUCAAGUGUAAUGCGCAUUUUAGGAGCAUAGCAUUUACCAGUUUAUGAAUUGACUCCCAAAAUGGCGAGUGUGCCACUAGCUGCAUGUGAUGAUGGCACAAGGGUAGCCCUUGUAGCCCGUCGGAGACGUGACAUUCUACUUGGGCUAGAUACAAUGGGUCAGUAAGCCUUCUUGAGACAUGGCAAACACCUUAGAAGAACACCAUUUUGUUUGGGUUACAAACUGAUUUACCCAAACCAAACUAAAAUUGUAAUAUGUCCACCAAAACUCAAAUUGGCUUGUAGGUUGUUGUCAGGCUCUAGCCCCUUUUUUUAAUGCACCUACAAAGUAGCAUUCACUGGAACAUUACUUUGAUGUAUCUACUAGAAGCUAAUCAUGUGAGAAUGUGUUUUUUAUAUUACAAGCUCUGACUAAUAUUUGUAUUCUCUACCAUUGUAAUCCUGUGCAAAAUAAAUAAACAAAAUAGUGUUAAUUCCUUUAAGCCUUUCAGGUGUAGCCGUCUAAUUAUCAAUGUCAUUCUAUGCUCAAAUUUAGUGAUUUUUUUUCCUGAAGUAUUGGUCAUCCAAUUAAAGUUUCCAAAACGCAAACUUUCGCUAAUGUAGAUAAUUUAACAAAGGUUGAUUCAUUUGAUGGGUAGUUUUCUUGUUAUUUUUGGUUUGUUUUAUAUGCAAUAAAUUGUACGAUAAUGUGGCCAUGACAAGUGAAACAGCUGAUUGUGAUCAUUAAGAAAGGGGGGGGGGAUUUGAUUUCCUCUUUUUGUUUUAAAAUUAGUGCCAGAAAUAAACAAUGUACAAAGUGUGGUUGGCCAUUUCCUCUUUCAUUGCAAUUACAAAUACGCACGUCUACCGUUUCUCAAGGCAUCGUUUUGAACAAGUACAAUAAAUCAAACUUUUCUACUGACCAUGUAUGGACCAGCUACAUGGGCACAAGCCCUAGCUCGUUAUUCCCACCACAUUUAAGCCAGGAAGUUAGGCUUUGCAUUGUAACACCGCUGUCUGUAUUAACCACUGGCAAGUUUGCACCUUUUUUUCUGUAUCUUUUUGUAUGCUGAAUAGUUGGCAGUACCAUCAAGUUAUAGAUUAACCUAAAGAGAAAAAAACAACCAGCAGUUUAUUGGUUUUGAUGUUUCGCACUAGAAACACAUCAAUGUUUAUCGGUUACAAGUUAUGGGAGAUCACCAACAAAUAGGGCUGGAUAGCUCAGUUAGUAUAGUGCCGGUCCGUUAAUCCAGAGCUCACUGGUUCAAAUCCCACUCCAGUCAAUUUUUCUUUGUGUCGACCAACUGCGCAGACUGUAAAAUUGAAGGGAAAAAAUGACAGAAGUAUAUCUGUAUAACGUGUACAUGUAGGUGCAUUCACUGUAUCCUACUGCUGGCUGGUUUAGUGCGUUUAUCUUUUUAAAACAUUCAUGUGAAUGGUUAAUCAGUAGGAGGGUUAAAAUAUAAUGUGCAUGCCUUCUACACACCCAGCUCUAUGCUAUAUAAACUCUGCGAACAUUUUGUUCUAAAAAUAUAUUCAUCAACACUUGAGAAAACACUGUGCACGUGCGUAAGUCCACAUUGUUUUUAUUACCUAAUGUGGACCUCUUGUUCUCACGGUCCACACUUGGCAUUUAAUGCUUGCCCAUUUCUUGGAUGCGAACUUCAUGUUUGAAAACAAGAAAUAUCAGAGCAUUUACUUAUGCUGGCGUUUGUUUAUUAAUUGGAAUAAACCAUAAGUUUGACCGAAGGUCAUUGAGAGCACACUUUUAUCAAAGAACCGCCUCGUCUUAAUUUGAUGUUUGCCUUUUUUGUUUGUUUUAAAUGUCUUCACAAAUCUGGGUUGGAUUUUUUAUUAUAAUGCAUGUAGUCAAGUUACGGUUUGUGGACAUUUUAUAAUGUAUUUUAAUUGAUAUUUCAAAAUCCCAACUGCUUAGAUUAACAUCUGACAAAACGACCAACACUUAAAAGUUAACACUUUAUUUAAGUUUGUGAUUGGGCGCAUGAUUAAUUUCGCAUGCCCCACAUUGAAUUCCGAAAGCUUUAGAACUCUGUUAACACAUUAACAAUGUUAAAUACUUUAUCAUGUUUUAUGUGAAAUGUUCACCAACAUGUAUAUAAGUAAAAUACAAAUUCGUGUUUAUACCAUUUGACCCUAAUAAUGAAUUAAAUAGUCACAAAAUCAAUCUACCAAACUAUAACAAAAGUAUGAUUUUACAUUUUCCCAUCCGUUUAUUGUAUAAGGUGUUUGUCUGUAUAAAUGCAAUGGUUGGUAGAUAACUAGAUCUGUACAGACCUUCUUGCAUACUAGUACCAUCUUGGGUCAAGUUCGAGCAAGGGGCCAAAGUCGUCCAUUGGAGGAUUUUGCCAGGUACCCAUGAUGUAUUGAAUGCAUAGGUUACCGUGGAACAUUGACUACCGGUGACAAAUGGUCGCCACUCGAACUUGCCCAUAACUGUCCAAUACAGAAAACAUUGUCAGUCAUAAUGAGGAAGUAACCCCAAAAUUGUAUGGUGCUUGUUGACUGAAGUAUCCCCUUUACACUUAUGUGGAAACUGGGUACUUGACCAAGAUGGCUGACCGUUGCGCAUCAAGUUUAAGCACAAAGAUGAGAAAUCAAUUUGAGUAAUCUCUUGGUUUAAAAAAGAAGAAGAAAUGAGAAAUAUUUGGGCUGAUUUAGGUAUUACCAUAAUAUGGACAGUAUCCUAAGUGAAUGGUAAUAUGUACAGGUUUAUUAUAUUCAAGUAAUCGCUAGAUAUUAAGUAUGAAAAUAAAAAAAACACUGCAUAAUGUUGGAAUAAUAUUGUAGCUUUGAACUUAAAAUAAAAAUGAUAACUGUAUUGUAUUAAAAACUGAUUAAUUAUUAAA